AACAAUUUAUUCAUCAUCACAUCACAAAACCAAAUUUUGUUUUGUUCGAACGACUCUCAUAAAUGGCUGCAGCUCCAAGCUCCACAUCUAUGGUCAAAGCCACCCCAUUCUUGGGUCAAACUAGAUCAUCUAGCAUCAAUCCUCUAAGAGAUGCUGUCUCUAUGCCUAGUGCCAAAUUCACCAUGAGCAAUGACUUGUGGUAUGGACCGGACCGUGUUAAGUACUUGGGACCCUUUUCGGCCCAGACCCCGUCUUACUUGACUGGCGAAUUCCCCGGUGACUACGGCUGGGACACUGCUGGUUUGUCUGCUGAUCCCGAGGCUUUCGCCAAGAACAGGGCUCUUGAGGUUAUCCACGGGCGAUGGGCUAUGCUUGGUGCACUCGGGUGCAUCACCCCUGAGGUUCUCGAAAAGUGGGUGAAAGUCGAUUUCAAGGAGCCAGUUUGGUUCAAGGCCGGAGCCCAAAUUUUCUCUGAAGGUGGUUUGGACUACCUAGGGAACCCGAACCUUGUCCAUGCUCAGAGCAUAUUGGCAGUGCUCGGGUUCCAAGUAAUCUUAAUGGGCCUUGUUGAGGGCUUCCGUAUCAACGGGCUUGACGGAGUUGGAGAUGGUAACAACCUAUACCCUGGUGGACAAUAUUUUGACCCAUUGGGCCUUGCUGAUGACCCGGUAACAUUUGCCGAGUUGAAGGUGAAGGAGAUCAAGAAUGGUAGGCUAGCAAUGUUUUCCAUGUUUGGGUUCUUUGUGCAAGCAAUAGUAACAGGAAAAGGGCCAUUGGAGAACUUAUUGGACCAUUUAGACAACCCUGUAGCUAACAAUGCAUGGGUCUAUGCCACCAAGUUUGUGCCUGGCUCAUAGACUAUGUAACAUCCUUUCCAUUGUUCUUGUAAUUGCAAGUGUGUGGGGAGAUAAACAUGUGUAGAUUAUUUUUGAUAAUUUAAUUUUAUAUAUUAUGGUAUUUGAUUAUUAAUAAGGUGAUGAUGGUGAUUUUUUCUAA